UCUUGUCUAAAAAUUAACUUUUGCCUCGUCUCGAAAGAAGCCAAAAGCGUCUAAAUCAUUACUUGAAGGCCCAGAGUAACAUUGUCUGAAUUUAAAGUGUAAAAACUAUAUCACGUGUGGGAUUCAAAAUAUUUUAACUGUUCCAAACAAGUUAUCAUUUGAGUUGUUAUACUUUUGUUCACACAUUUAUACAUGACUUUAGAAGAAUCAGGACCAAUAGCUUUACAGUUUCAGCUUUUAUUUAAUGGAACCGCAGAAAGCAAUAGUGGGGACGUUCUUUACAAGCAAAAAACACGCAUGUACCCGACGUUUAAAGUGGAGCUGAACGGAACAGCCAUCUACCGACUUGUUCACCAUGAAUUUGAGCGACAUUUUGUAACUGCGGGACAAUUAUUUAAAGCAUGCGGAUUGACACUUACCGAAGGAUUUUUCCUGUUUGAAUUGAAAUUAACUGAAUUCGAAGUGGAUUUCCUGAUAUCACAGUUUCCGUAUUGUGACAUUUGGGUCAGCGUAGAACAAGCACGCGUGAUGGCGUUAGGAUUAGGUGUGGAAACCCCACUGGAGCUUUUACUGAGUGAAAGUUUGGAUGAUUGUUAUUCAUCGGAUAAUAUUAGUCGUAAUGAAAUCAUGCAUAAUUGGAUCGUACCUUCUAUCCCCAAUUUGCAAUAUUCAACCCGUGCGCUACUUGAAACGUCAUUUGAGACUGUGGAAUUGUUGGAGCCUCCCAAUCGAAAGAUCCGAACUCAAAUAUCAAGGUCAAAUAAGCAAGUUGGCAUGGUGUUGAAGGAUAGAGCUGAAUCUGGAUUGGUGAGGUGGCAAGUAUGGGCAUAUGAACAAUUCUUACAGCAGCAACAACAACAACAAAAUCAUAGCUCAAUUGAGGAUACGCCUCCUAUAUUAGAUAGAUCGGGAGCAAUUUGGGAUACUUUACAAGGUCUACUAUCAGAUCUACAAACAUUAGGAAGGAAGGGACAGGUGAUGAGUGGAAGAGUUCUAUCUGAUAAUAUGAUGGUAGGCAACAUGCCUUUAAAAAAGGAGUAUUUGGGGCAUAGUUUGUUACUACAACAGUUAUAUAUUGCUGUGAUGGUGGAAAAGUUGGUGAAUGAAUUAAAUAGGGUUUCGAGCACAUUCAAUUCAAUCAAUGCAACAGCAGCAGUAGCAGGAGGAGGAGGAGGAGCAGUAGAGGAAGGAGGAUUGGUAGUAAAUAGCAGCGAACAAGCGGUGAUUAUAAAUAAAGGUAAUGCAUCGAAUCGAUCCUCUUCGUUUGUAGAGGAUGAAGGUAUUGGGGCUACUACGAAUACGAGCACAACGACGCCAAAUCAUUUGACCGAGAACAUGUUAUUUCAUGAUCGUAUGGAUUUAUUAGAACAAGAAUUAUAUCGAGUGAAACGAAGGACAAAAAAAAAGUUGGAUGAAUAUCAAUUUUAUCAAGACGAUUUGACGCAACAAAUCAACGAAUUAAAUAGCUGGAAAUCUCAGUCAGAUCGGGUACGCAAAAGUGAACGUGUUUGGAUGCUGAUGUUGAUGGUCUGCGUGAUUUUCGGGGUCUUUUCUCUGCGGACAUUCUAUUUUAAAUAAAAUAAAAAAAAAAGAUCGUCCUUUUGUGUCUGAUUUCAUAAAGAAAAAAAAAA